CCGGAAGUAGAGAGAACUCGUACUAGUAUUUCGUAGUUUGAAGUCUCUUUUGGACCUAGGCAAGAUGGGUAUUUCUCGCGAUCAUUGGCAUAAAAGACGAGCAACUGGUGGUAAAAGGAAGCCCAUCCGGAAGAAGAGGAAGUUUGAGUUAGGGCGUCCAGCUGCAAAUACUAAACUUGGAGCUCAACGUAUUCAUACGGUGCGCACUCGAGGUGGUAACAAAAAAUACAGAGCACUUCGUCUAGAUACUGGAAACUUUUCAUGGGGUUCCGAAUGUGCUACAAAAAAAACACGUAUUAUCGAUGUUGUUUACAAUGCAUCAAACAAUGAGUUGGUGAGGACAAAGACUUUAGUGAAGAAUGCAAUUGUGACAAUUGAUGCAACACCUUUUAGGCAGUGGUAUGAAAGCCAUUAUGUUUUACCACUGGGCCGAAAACGAGGCGCGAAAUUAACUGAAGCAGAAGAAGAGGUUUUAAAUAAAAAACGCUCUAAGAAAAUUGAAGCUAAAUAUAAAGCAAGACAGCGAUUUGCCAAAGUGGAACCUGCUUUAGAAGAACAGUUUGCAACAGGACGUGUACUUGCCUGUAUAGCAAGUAGACCAGGACAGUGUGGUCGUGCGGACGGUUACAUCCUCGAAGGAAAGGAACUUGAAUUUUACAUGAGAAAGAUUAAGAGCAAAAAAGCUAAAUAAUCAUGUACCUAUGAGCUGCGAAUAAAGUAAUUUGUAUGAAACAGAA